AUGGCUGUAGAAAGGGAGGAGAAUGAGCUUAGCGAGGCAGUCAGAGGGCUGUUUGCAACAGUGAGAGGGGAACUGGCAGCAGUGAGGGAGGAGCUGGCAGCAGUGAAGGGGGAGGUGGCAGCAGCAGUGGCGGAGAAGGCGGCACAGGAGAGUGAACGAGGGUUGUUGUUGGAGAGCAGGUGCGUUGUGGAUACAGAACCUGUCUUUCCUGCCACAACCCCCCUCCCUCCUCUAUUCCUGCUCCCUGAAUUCAUCCUCUCCUCCUGCCACACCUCACUGUGCAGGCGCACGCCCUGCAUUGGGCUCGCCCCAUCAGCCAUGGCUCGGAUGACUGCAGUGCCCAUGCUUCUGCCAGGGCUGCUGCUCGCCCUCCUUCUCGCCGCUGCCAUCAGCAUCACACCAACUGGCAGGCAGGGACGCUUCCUGUCAAGCUGCCCUCACAGCUCUCCUGCUGCCCUCACAGCUCUCUUGCUGCCCUCACAGCUCUCUUGCUGCCCUCACAGCUCUCCUGCUGCCCUCACAGCUCUCUUGCUGCCCUCACAGCUCUCCUGCUGCCCUCACAGCUCUCUUGCUGCCCUCACAGCUCUCCUGCUGCCCUCACAGCUCUCCUGCUGCCCUAACAGCUCUCCUGCUGCCCUAACAGCUCUCUUGCUGCCCUCACAGCUCUCCUGCUGCCCUCACAGCUCUCCUGCUGCCCUCACAGCUCUCCUGCUGCCCUCACAGCUCUCCUGCUGCCCUCACAGCUCUCCUGCUGCCCUCACAGCUCUCCUGCUGCCCUCACAGCUCUCCUGCUGCCCUCACAGCUCUCUUGCUGCCCUCACAGCUCUCCUGCUGCCCUCACAGCUCUCCUGCUGCCCUCACAGCUCUCCUGCUGCCCUCACAGCUCUCUUGCUGCCUAAAGCUGAGCGCUCUUUGCUCAGUUCACUACACUUGACUUCCUCAAUCCUCUUAAUGCUCCACUCGCAUCUUCUCUCCACAAAAACUCCGAUCUUUUCAUUCCAUGUGUGCCGCAUUGUGUUCUUAUGUGCCGCCAUGAGUUGCCAUCGUCUGCCCGUGCUCCCGUAUGCUGCCAUGUGUAGGAAGCACGCCAAUUUUCAAAUGGAGAGAGUAAGUGGAGCUGUUGGAUAUAUCAUGGCAAGUAUGGGCGGAACACACGAGUGGAAAGAGGCGAUGGAGAUGAGAAUGAGGGCGCUUGGCGUGAAGGUGGAAGAGACAAGGAAGGAGUUGGAGGAGGCUGAGAGGAAACGAGUGUUGGAGAUGGGUGAGGUGAGAGGGCAGAUGGAGAAGAGCGGGGAGGAUGUGGCAGCAGUAAAGGGAGAGUUGGCUGCAGUGCAGGGUGAGCUGGCAGCUGUGAAGAGGGAGCUGGCUGAACACAAGGAUGCUAUGGCAGAGCAAGUGGAGGCUAGAAAGGAGUCGACAGUGGCUACAGCAGUGGCUGCAGAAGCAGUGGCAGCAGCAGUGGUGGCAGCAGUGGCAGCAGCAGUGGUGGCAGCAGUGGCAGCAGCAGUGGUGCCAGCAGUGGCAGCAGCAGUGGCGGCAGCAGUGGUGGCAGCAGUGGCUGCAGCAGUGGCAGCAGAGGUGACAGCAGCAGCAGCAGCAGCAGCAGCAGCAGCAGCAGCAGCAGCAGCAGCAGCAGCAGCAGCAGCAGCAGCAGCAGCAGCAGUGGGCUUGGGUUGA